AUGGUAAAGAAAACUGUCCCAUGGUAUGAAGGCGCCACAGAUAUGGAAGAAUGGCCUGUGCAUCCUGCAGAGUUCAAAGAACCUCCAGAGGGAUGGACCCUCCCACCGUUUCCACCUCGAUGGGUUCCCAAUGGCAAAGUGUCCUACAGGGUGCUUGGAUUCCCACUUCGGUGGUCCGACUUCAUACGUUUUGCAGAGAAAAACGAACUGGAGGUCGGUAAGUCGGACUGGGAUAAAGCGUCUACCGCAUGUUCGGACAUGAUGGAUUGUCUAUUCUACUACAAGUGUGAGUAUGCAGAUAUUGCCAUUGGGGACGUGGAAGUUCCGGUAUUCCUGGUCGCGGAUAACUCCAGAAUGAAACAUUUGAAGCAUCCCGAGGAGGCGAAGCGCAUUUAUUUCAUCCAGACGUAUUUAGGACUUCCGCGGCCGCCUGUCUGGUUGUUCCACCGUCAACGGAUGCGUGAUAACGUAAAACUUGUACAAUGGUUGAAAGACGGAGCUGCUCAGAAUACAGCAGGUGGAUCUCAGAAAGAUGACGAAACAAAGGCCAAACCUCAGGAGAAUGAAAAUACUGAACAAGCACCCCCGGGAUCCAGCUCACAGACAGUGGCCGUACCACAAGCUGAAGAUGACAAGGCCGCGCUUUGA